AUGUCGAACGUCUAUGAAGAGAGAGCCACAAUGAUAGCCGCAGGGGAAUUGCAGUCUUUUGUCCCGUUCGGUCGUGAGCACUGCAAGAAUCACCCGAACGCCGUGAAUCUCCAGCUGCGACAGCUCCAGCCGGCCUCCGAGCUCUGGUCUUCGGAUGGAGCAGCUGGACUUGUAGGGUCUCUUCAGGAAGUAACACUUCAGGAGCGAGAAAAGGAAUGCUGGCAGCUGAGAAAGGGUUCAGCUGUGGACACUGAUGAAUCAGAAUAUGAGGAAGAGCUCUAUGUGGCUGGGAACAUGGUUAUAUGGAGUCAUGGGAGCAAGAGCCAAUCAUCUCACGUGUACAAGGCUUUUACUGUGGACAGCCCAGUUCAGCAGGCAUUGUGGUGUAACUUCAGUGUUCCUUCAAGUAAGAAAGAUGAAGGAGAGAUUGUGGAGCAGACUGUUUGCAUUGUCCAGAAUACGUGUGUAAAUGUACACAGUAUGAGUGGGAAGGACUUCAUCUCUCCUCUGCCAUUUCAGGUGAGCACCCUCUGGGCUACUAAGUUCGGUCUGCUUCUGGAGCGAAAAAUCCUGACAUCUGAUGCCCCAGUGAGUCUUCACAGUGAGCCUCUUCCAACUCUCUUCAGUAUGCUUCAUCCCCUGGAUGAAAUCGCUCCUGUUGUUAGCAAAUCCACAGCUCUGUUUGACAUGGCUGGUGUGCAGUAUGUAUCUGACAGCACUCUGAAGGUCGUCUUCUCUUGUUUGGAUCCGUCCAUCAUCAUGACCUAUGACACGGUGCAGUGCACACACACUGUCUGGGCGUUACGUAAGGUCACACAGGAGGAGCGAUCCAUGGUGCUGAAGUGUUCUGAGCAGGGGGCUCCAGCGCAGGGUCUGAUGGCACCUAGCUUCCUGACCUCUCACUUGCGCAACGUUUCGCUCCUGGACUCUCCCACGUCCACCAUGCACCACCACGCUCUCCCAAACCAGAGGAGACUUGCCUCAUCUCCCAGCAUGCAUUCACGUGCCCACUCCCCAAACAUCUCGAACAUGGCUGCACUCAGCCGUGCACACUCGCCUGGCAUAGCCACACCCUCAUUCUCUGGAAAUCAGCGCUUUAACAUGUCAUGCCACUCUCCGUGCUCUCGAGGGCAAAGCCUGUUGGCAUCUCUGAACAGCACGCUGAAUGAAACAGCCCUCGGUCCUGAGAUGGAGCCCAUUCUCCCUGACCUCUGCAUAGAACACUUAUGGACCGAGACUGCUACUACACAAAGGGAAAAGAGCUGCCAGGCCUCCAAAGUGUUCAUCACCUCUGACCUGUGUGAAAACAAAUACCUGUGUUUUCUUGUCGAGUCACAUCAGCAGCUGAGAUGUGUGAAAUUUCUCGAAAGCAACGACCCAUCUCAGUUAAUAUUUGUGUCUGUGGCCACCAUUUCUGCCAAAGAUGCUGCACCUUUAGAGGACAUUGAUGCGAUGCUAGUUCUGGAGACCAAUGGAAGUCUGGUCCUCUAUACGGGAGUGACACGGGUCAGCAAAGUGUUUGUGCAUGGCCUGCUGUCCCCAACCAUCAGCCUCUCCAAUCAAAUGCCUCAGCGGAACACCCCUCUGGAGAACGUGAGCACUCCUGCCACAGCUGCUGUAAAGCACAUGAGCAGACUGGAGGAGCCUGGCAUGCCGUCCCCGGUGCCCGAGGUUCGAGGCUCAGUCCUACACCAUGACUCAUCUUGGCUGGAGGACUGCCCCUUCCAGCAAGCUGUUCCCCAUAUCCAUGCCCUCAGAGACCCUGUUAGCAACACAGUUACUCUGGAACUGAGCAGUGGUUCAAUGCUAAGAAUAACCAUCCCGGAGGUGGCUACUUCAGAGCUAGUGAAGAGAUGUCUUCAGGCUAUCAGGUUCAUUCUGCCCAAAGACACAGCCAUGAAGGUCCUGGUGAAAUGGUACAACAUCUAUAAUGCUCCUGGAGGUCCCAGCAUGCACCUGGAGUGGAACUUGUUUGUCACCUGCUUCAUGACACUGAUGGGUUACAACACUGAGAGACUUACCUGGACACGCAAUCUCCACUUUGAGGUGCCCCUCUCUCCUGUAAUUGCUCCUAAGAAGGCCAGGCCUGCAGAUACCGGCUCUGAUGAGGACUGGGAGCACCUCCGAGGCUCAGACUACCACUGGCAAGUAUCCAUGCAUCACGUGGUCGGUGUGUUGGGGCUUGAGGCCAUAGCGCCCCCUAGAGGCAUGGAGAACUCUGAAACGACACUCUCUUUGGAGCCCUCUGCUCUUCUGUUUCAACACAUCCCUGCUCUCUUCUAUGUCCUACACCUGCUUUAUGAGGACCUGAAACUGGACGAUCUUCAGCGCGGUGGGGCCAGAGAUCUGGUUGGACUUCUCCAGCAGCUGGCUCGAGAUCUACAGCUGGAGGAAUACAUUGAUCUGUACUGGCGCGAUUACCCCUCAUUCAUCAAAACGUUCAAGGAGUCCUGUGUGAUCGAUCAGGCUCUGAUGGAACAGAUGAACUGGCCGCCGUUUCUGACCCAGGAGCCUCCGUGUGUAUUAAGCUGGCUCAGCUGGUGUCUGAGAGGAGAUGAAGUACCUCCUUUUCCUUACCUCCCUGUCAUCUGUGAGAGAACCAAACUAUUAGUGCUGAGUUAUGCUCUGUACAUUGUCGGUGAUGAGAACGGUGUUUCAGACAUGUCUAAGUACCUGCGGAAAGUCUCUGCAGGACAAAAGAAAAGCCUUAGUGAGCCAGCUCUGCGGAGGCAGAGCAGUGUUAAGCCUACACCUCCCACAGGAAACUUGGCAGAGAAACUGGUGGUGUGGCUGGCAUCCACAGGAUUCACACUGAAGGAUCUGGAGUCUGUCCCCUUUGGUGUUGCACUACCAAUCAGAGAUGCCAUUUACCAGUGCAGAGAACAUCCGUGCUCUGAUUGGUCAGAAGAUGUUUGUGCUCUGAUUGGACGACAGGACCUGACAAAGCAGGCUCACAAAGUAACCCUGAUCAAAAGCAAACCAACUAUGAGUUUGGGGGUUCCGUUGGACACUCCUGUGACCAGUGAGGCAGAUGAGGAGGAGGAUGGUAUGACUGAUCUUCAUCCAGACGUUACCAGUCUAAUCUGGAGUCAGGACCUGAGGGUGCAAGAGGUCAGGCGACUUCUCCAGAGCUCCAGACCAGUCAGGGUCAACGUGCCUCACCUGCCCGAGGUCAGCGAUCACGAGUAUAUAGAGGAGAAGGAGAACAAGCUACUGCAGCUAUGCCAGCGUACCAUGGCGCUGCCCGUGGGUCGAGGACUCUUUACCCUGUUCUCUUACCAUCCUGUGCCAACAGAACCUCUUCCUGUGCCUAAGCUCAACCUCACAGGACGUGCUCCACCCAGAAACACCAUGGUGGAUCUGAACAGUGGAAACAUUGACGUUCCUCCUAACAUGACCAGCUGGUCCAGCUUCCACAACGGCGUGGCCGCAGGCCUUAAGAUAGCCCCAGCCUCUCAGGUGGAAUCUGCCUGGAUUGCCUACAACAAACCAAAGAAUGCUGAGCUGGCCAAUGAGUACGCAGGAUUCCUUAUGGCGCUGGGCCUCAACGGCCAUCUCACCAAACUGGCCACACUCAACAUUCAUGACUACCUGACCAAGGGGCAUGAGAUGACGAGCAUCGGACUGCUGCUUGGUGUGUCUGCCGCCAAGCUGGGUACCAUGGACAUGUCAAUCACUCGGUUGCUAAGCAUCCACAUUCCUGCACUCCUCCCUCCUACCUCCACAGAGCUGGAUGUGCCCCAUAGUGUACAGGUGGCAGCUGUGGUGGGCAUUGGGCUGGUGUAUCAGGGUACAGGACACCGGCACAAUGCAGAGGUCCUGCUGGCAGAAAUUGGUCGACCUCCAGGUCCUGAAAUGGAGUAUUGUACAGACAGGGAGUCGUACUCCCUGGCAGCUGGGCUGGCACUGGGCAUGGUUUGCCUGGGGCACGGCAGUAACCUUAUUGGCAUGUCUGACCUCAACGUGCCUGAACAGCUCUACCAGUAUAUGGUGGGGGGGCAUCGCCGCACCCAUGCUGGUAUCAACAGAGAGAAACACAAAUCUCCUAGCUACCAGAUAAAGGAGGGCGACACAAUUAACGUAGAUGUGACCUGUCCUGGUGCCACGCUGGCACUUGCCAUGAUCUACCUGAAGACCAACAACAGGUCGAUUGCUGAUUGGCUGAAGGCCCCAGACACCAUGUUCCUGCUGGACUUCAUCAAACCUGAAUUUUUGCUUCUUAGAACACUUGCCAGGUGCCUUAUUAUGUGGGAUGAAAUUCUGCCCAACUCAGAGUGGAUAGACAGCAAUGUGCCACAGAUUAUUCAAGAGAACAUCAGACAUCAGGAAGAGAUUCCAGUGUCAGAGGACCUGAACAUGGAGACAUUGACUCAGGCUCAUGAGUACAUUAUUGCCGGAGCCUGCAUGGCUGUGGGAUUCCGAUUUGCUGGCUCUGCAAAUUCAGAUGCUUUUGACUGUCUGUAUAAAAUUGCAAGAACGUUCAUGGUGUGCCUGACGUCAUCAACACCCAAUGUUACAGGACACUAUAACCUGCAGACAUGUUUGAGCAUGGUGCUGUUAGCUCUCUCCAUGGUGAUGGCCGGCUCAGGGAACCUUAAGGUACUGCAGCUCUGUCGACUGCUUCAUAAACGCACCAGUGGAGAGAUGAACUAUGGUUUCCACAUGGCCCAUCACAUGGCACUUGGCCUGCUCUUCCUGGGAGGGGGAAGAUACACUCUCAGCACCUCAAACUCUGCCAUAGCUGCUCUUCUCUGUGCUCUCUAUCCCCAUUUCCCUGCACACAGCACAGACAACAGGUAUCACCUACAAGCUUUGCGUCACCUGGCCGUGCUGGCGGCCGAGCCACGUCUGCUUGUUCCCGUGGACGUGGACUCACUCAAACCCUGCUACGCCCUGCUUGACGUGACCUACAAGGGUACGCAGUGGUAUGAGGAGACGACUGUGGAGAUGAUGGCUCCAACCCUGUUGCCUGAACUUCACCUCCUCAAAGAGAUCAAAGUAAAAGGCCCUCGGUACUGGGAACUCACCAUUGACAUAAGCAAAGGAACCCAGCACUUCCAAUCUAUUCUCUCCAGGGAUGGAGUCCUGUACGUGAAGCUGCGCUCGGGCCAGCUGCCUUACAAAGAUGACCCCAGGGGAUGGAAGAGUCUGCUGGCUCCAAGUGUCAACAACAGAAACCCUGAAGUCCGGACCUUCAAGCCUGAGGCCAUCUCUACCUUCACCUCAGACCCUGCCUUGAUUUCUUUUGCCGAGUAUUUCUGCAAAGCGUCUGAUAACAUGAAACACAAGCAGGAGACCCUGUCCUUGUUCUCUUCCAUUUUGUAUGAAUGUGUGACACAGGAAAACCCUGAGAUGCUACCCACACACAUAUCAAUUGAUCAGGCUGUGAAGCAGCUGGACCGGGGUGAGAUGAGUGAGACGUUUGCUCUUUGGCAGAUGAAACUGGUCUUGGAGCUGUGUGAGAGCCGUGUGCUACAGCAUAGACUUAGCCACACCCACAGAAAGAGGCGGGGCCUGCUGCUCAGCUCCGAAUUCCUGCCCGUCAUGAAGAGCUCGGCCGACAGCGCCCUCGACCGCUGGCUCUGUGAGAACAGUCAUGUGCUACAGGCGUAUAUGAGUGGUCAGCCUUUGGAUGAGGAUGUUGACACCAACCUGCUGGCCUGUUUCCUGGUCUACCACUCCAUUCCCUGCCUCAGGAAAAUGCUCGCAGCUGACCUGGAAGGAAGUCUUUCAUUCCCAGAGCUCCUAUUGAAGUUCAGUCAGCUGGGCGUUCCUGUGCGAGCUCUGCUGCGGCUGAGUCCGUUACUGCUGGGCAGAGGCAGCGCUGAGGCUGGCCAGUCUGCCCUCUGA